GUGUACACAGCCUGGCAGAAAGCUGCAGCCCUCAUGCCUCGCUGACUGCUCACCCACCGCCUUGAUGACAGCAACCCCGUGUGCCUUCCCGAUUCAGUUCCGGCAGCCCUCCGUCAGCGGCCUGUCGCAGAUCACCGGGAGCCUGUAUAUCAGCAAUGGUGCGGCCGCCAACAACAAGCUCAUGCUGUCCAGCAGCCAGAUCACCACAGUCAUCAACGUCUCUGUGGAAGUGGUGAACACCUUAUACGAGGAUAUCCAGUACGUGCAGGUGCCUGUGGCUGACACACCCACCUCGCGUCUCUACGAUUUCUUUGACCCUAUUGCCGACCACAUUCACAGUGUGGACAUGAAGCAGGGCCGCACGCUGCUGCACUGCGCCGCCGGCGUGAGCCGCUCGGCCGCCCUGUGCCUGGCCUACCUCAUGAAAUACCAUGCCAUGUCCCUCCUAGAUGCCCACACAUGGACCAAGUCACGCCGGCCCAUCAUCCGACCAAACAACGGCUUUUGGGAGCAGCUCAUCCACUACGAGUUCCAACUGUUUGGCAAGAACACCGUGCACAUGGUUAACUCCCCAAUGGGAGUGAUACCUGACAUCUAUGAGAAGGAAGUCCGUUCAAUGAUUCCCCUGUGAGCCAUCUCGCCAGCCCCUGCAUUGGGG